AUGAAUCAAGAAACGAGCAUCAUUAGAGUAGAAAUUGCUAAGAAUGAAAUAGAACUGCAUCUUAGAAACUGUUUGGAUGAUAUAGUAAAAUACUACAAGUGCUUUGGUAAAGCCGGGAUCUACUAUGUUCUGAAGCAAGUAUACAGUGGGACAAUCAGUAUUUUUAGUGAUGUACCAGUUGAUCAAAAGAGUGUUUUGGUUAUUGUGGAGGAUGCUAUAGUUAAAAAGUGCAUGGAAAAUAUGCUGUUCUUGGUUGAUCCAAAUUCUUCUGUGUCCAGUGAUACUAAAGUAAUAGAACUAUUGGAAAAUCAUCUAGAUAAUGGUAGUUUUGAUCUUUCUGAUGAAAUUGGUAGUAUGCCUGUGCUUGAGCAUAUAAACAGGCUGUGUAUGGAUUUUAAAAAGGCAGGCAUUGAUAUAAACAUAUAUUUAAAGUCAAUGGCUGAAUUUAGUCGCACUAGUCUGAAUAAUAUUAUCCCUUUGGAGCAGCUCAACUCAAUUGCAAACUACUACUCAUCCGUUGUGGAUAAAAAGAGUGAAGACAACAAGAAGUACACGGGUUACACUCUGGAUGAGCUGUAUGCGAAAACUGGAAGUGGGAAGUACUUAUUGGACGAAGGAUUGGAGUACAUAGCAAAGAACCAAGGGAUUCUAAUGGAUCUAUACAACGCAGUCGCGAAUGGGCAGAGGGACGUACAAGAGAAUUCUGCUAUCAGCCGUGGCUUAAGCAUAAUGACCCCAGAGAACAUGAAAUUACUCUCUUCCAUGCACCAUCACAGAGAGCAGAUUCUGGCAGCUGAGAAAGUCGUAAGUGAUCUGCACGAGGUAAUGUUGUCAUACUACCAGGAUGUCUAUGCUUUGCAGAAGGAAAUUGAAGGAGAUCUAGGCCUAGAAAUAAUUAAUGAAUAUAUUGAUGAGGCCGUUGAGUCUCCUAUUUCCACAUUGUGCUACCAACUAAAGCUGUUAUAUCCAAGGUUUGACUGCACCCCGUAUAUUAACGCACUGCAAGCACAUAUUGAAAAGCCCCUGAAGGCCCCCUUGCAGCAGCCAGAAUCACAGGGAGAGGACCAGAAAGAGGGUAUACCGCGAAAGAUUCCAUCAGCAUCAAUCACUGAGUCAGAAGAUGAAUCCACAAUAGAGCGAAGAAGAGUUCUAGUCAAGACACUUAUUGGUUACUACAGAGAGACAUGCGAUUAUCUAAGUGAGAGAAUUGAUAUGUGUAAGUCGCUUACCCCAUACCAGAUAAAAUAUAUACGGGAUAAGCUGCAGACAAUCUCUUCUCCUAUUAUACCUUUAGAUGUACCGAAAGUGACUCUGUCUACUAUGUAUCGAGCUGCCAUGGAUCGAUACAAAAAUAUCUCUAAGAAGACAAAGAAGAUACUUUUCUUCUUGGCAUUUAUCUUCUUUGUAUGCUUUGGUACAUACAUAUUUAUCGAGUCCAUACACAUGGAUCACCAGUUAUUUAUGUAA